CAAGUUCAUCAUGUGCCGCUUGGCUUGACUACACCCCUCUGUAGAAGGCAGUCUGAAUAAGAACUGCUGGGAGUAGCCACCUACUUAAGGAAUAAAUGAGGAAGCAGCAAUACAUUUUAAAUUUUUAAUUGUUGCACUAGGUUCAAGGAGAACUGUGAUUUGCCAUUUCCAGAGGACUUUUUAAAAUUUUCCUGACAAUUGUUUCCUGAGUUAUUCAGGGACUAAAUUGAGAAAUUUAAGAGAAAUUGUUUUAUUCUUCUUGUGUCUCAGAAUCCAAUUUAAUGCACUUUGAGUCCAGAUAGUGAUCCCACAGCCUGAUUCUUUUGUUAAAAGUUGUCCACUGCAAUCUUAAGAGUCAAAAUGAGAAUAAAACAGACAAGUGUGUAUCAGCAAACUCAAGCUCUUCUGUGUAAGAAUUUUCUUAAGAAAUGGAGGAUGAAAAGAGAGAGUGCAUUGGAAUGGGGCCUCCCAAUACUGCUAGGACUGUAUGUGGGUCUGCUUUCAGAAGUCAAAGAAAAUAACCAAUUACCUGAAAUACCUCCUCAAGAUCUGGGAAGGGUAGACAAAUUUAAUGUCUCUUCUAUAAUGAUUGUGUAUACUCCAGUCUCUAAUAUAACUCAGCAGAUAAUGAAUACAACAGCAUUUGCUCCCUUAAUGAAAGGAACAAGAAUCAUUGGGGUACCAAAUGAAAAAGACAUGGAUGACGUAAUUUUCCAGAAUUUCCCACAUGCAGUGGGAAUCACCUUUAGUGACACUUUCUCUUACAAGUUAAAAUUUUUUCAAGGAUAUGCUGUUCCAUUUUUGAGAGAUGAUUUAACAGGUCAUUGUUGGGAAAUAUAUGGUGAAUAUUCAUGUGUAUUGUCCAAAUACUGGGAAAGAGGAUUUGUAACUUUGCAGACUAUCAUUAAUGCUGCUAUUAUAGAAGUCACAACAAAUCACUCUGUGAUAGAUGAGUUGAUGUCAGUCACUGCUAUAAAUAUGAAGACAUUACCUUUUAUUUCUAAAGACAUUUUUCAAAGUGAGAUGUUCAUUUUAUACUGUUUGCUUUAUUUUUCCCCAUUUAUAUAUUUUGUAUCACACAAUGUUACAAAAGAGAGGAAAAAGAGUAAGGAACUGAUGAAAAUGAUGGGUCUACAUGAUUCAGCUUUCUGGUUGUCCUGGGGUUUAAUGUAUACUGCAUUCAUCUUGGUCCUUUCCAUAGUCAUUACAAUUAUCAUAACAUCCACCCAAGUUAUACUCAUGACUGGCUUUAUGGUCAUAUUUACACUCUUAUUCUUAUAUGGCUUGUCUUUGCUAGCUUUAUCAUUCCUGAUGAGUGUGCUGUUACAGAAAGCUGUCCUCACAAAUUUGUUUGUGUUUCUCCUCACCCUCUUUUGGGGGUUUGUGGGAUUCACUGCCUUCUAUAAACAACUUCCUCCAUCUGUACAGUGGAUUUUGAGUAUUUGUAGCCCUUUCGCCUUUAGAGUUGGAAUGACUCAGAUUCUCCACCUGGAUUAUAACUUGAAUGGAGUAGUUUUCCCUGACCCCUCAGAAAAAUCAUAUACAAUGCUAGCAACAUUUUCUGUGUUGGCUUUUGAUGGUCUUAUCUACUUGAUGCUGGCACUGUACUUUGACAAAAUCUUACCCCAUGGAAAUGAGCACCGCUAUUCUCCAUUAUUUUUCCUGAGUUCAUCAUCUUGUUUCCGACACCGAAGGACUGAUAAUACGGUCAUUGAGAAAGACCUGGAUCCCGAGCAUCCCUCUGAUGGUUAUUUUGAACCCAUAGCUUCUGAAUUCCAAGGAAAAGAAGCCAUCAGGAUUAGAAACGUUAAAAAGGAAUAUAAAACAAAGUCUGGACAAGUGAAAGCUUUGAAAGGCAUGCUCUUUGACAUAUAUGAAGGUCAGAUCACAGCAAUUUUGGGUCACAGUGGAGCUGGCAAAUCUUCACUCCUAAACAUCCUUAAUGGAUUGUCUGUUCCAACAGAAGGAUCAGUUACCAUCUAUAAUAAAAACCUCUCUGAAAUGCAAGACUUGGAGGAAAUCAGAAAGAUAACUGGUGUUUGUCCUCAAAAUAAUGUUCAAAUCGACAUGCUCACUGUGAAGGAAAACCUCAGCCUGUUUGCUAAGAUCAAAGGGAUUCGACCACAGGAAGUGGAACAAGAGGUACAACAAAUUUUAUUGGAAUUGGACAUGCAAAAUAUUCAGGAUAAUCUUGCUAUACAUUUAAGUGACGGACAGAAAAGAAUGCUGACCUUUGGGAUUGCCAUUUUAGGAGAUCCUCAAGUUUUGCUUUUAGAUGAACCAACUGCUGGAUUAGAUCCCUUUUCAAGGCACCAAGUGUGGACUUUCCUGAAGGAACGUAGAGCGAAUCGUGUGAUCCUCUUCAGUACCCAGUCCAUGGAGGAGGCUGACAUUAUAGCUGAUAGAAAAGUGAUCAUGUCCAAUGGGGAACUGAAGUGUGCAGGAUCUUCUGUCUUUUUAAAGAGAAAAUGGGGUCUUGGAUAUCACUUAAGUUUGUAUAAGAACGAGAUAAGUGAUCCAGAACAAAUCACAUCUUUCAUUAAUCAUCAUAUCUCUGAUGCUAAAUUAAAACUAGAAAACAAAGAAAAACUUGUAUUUACUUUGCCUUUGGAAAGCACAAGUAAAUUUCCAGACCUUUUCAGUGAUAUUGAUAAGUGUUCUGGCCAGGGUAUGAUGAAUUAUGACAUCUCCAUGUCAACUCUGAAUGAGGUCUUCAUGAACCUGGAACGAAAACCAGCGAUCAGACAAGAUUUUGAACAAACAGACAAGAUAAGAGACUCAGAAAGCCCAAGUGAAAUGGAUCCAGCUUGCUCUUCUCUCCCUGAAGUACACAAGACUGUGAGCGACAUGGGCCUCUGGAGAAUGCAAGUCUGUGCGAUAGCACGGCUCCGUUUUUUAAAGCUGAAACGUGGAAGAAAAACACUUUUGACCCUGCUAUUGGUUUUUGGAAUUGCACUGUUUCCUUUGAUUAUGGAAAGGAUAGCAAAUUCUAUGAUAAAUGAAAGUGCAAACUGGGAGUUUAAAACAGAAUUAUAUUUCCUCUCUUCUGGACAACUUCCUCAGGAACCUCGUACCAGCCUCUUGAUCAUCAAUAACACAGAAUCAAAUAUUGAAGAUUUUAUACAGUCUUUGAAGCAUCAAAAUAUACUUUUGGAAGUAGAUGACUUUGAAAACAGAAAUGGCACUGAAGGCCUCUCAUACAAUGGCGCUAUCAUAGUUUCUGGUAAACAAAAGGAUUAUAGAUUUUCAAUCGUGUGUAAUACCAAGAGGCUGCACUGUUUUCCUAUCCUCAUGAAUAUUAUCAGCAAUGGGCUACUUUGGAUGCUUAAUCAUACACAGUAUAUUCGAAUUGAGAGAAGUCCAUUUAAUCUGAACCAUCUGUACAUCUGGACUGGGUUGCCGGAUGGUUCUCCAUUCAUGUUUUUUGUUGUGUGCUGCCUUUCUCCUUACAUCGCCAUGAGCAGUGUCACUGAUCACAAAAAGAAAGCUAGUUCUCAGCUAUGGAUUUCAGGCCUCUACCCCUCUGCUUACUGGUGUGGACAGGCAGUGGUGGAUGUUAACCUCUUCAAUUUAAUUCUCCUUUUAAUGUAUUUAAUCAUCUGCAUAACAAACAAAAUGGGCAUUUCUGUUACAAGUCAAGGUAUAUUUGCUAUGGUUGUUGUAUCACUUGGUUAUUCAGCUUCUCUUAUCUUCCUGACAUAUGUGAUAUCAUUUAUUUUUCGUAAGAGGAGAAAAAACAGUGGCCUCUGGUCAUUUUGCUUCUAUGUUGUCUUGACUGUCAUGCCUUACAUCAUUUUAGUCAGUGACUUCAACAUAACUGUGAUCAUUGUCAGCAUGGUAUUACUUCCAUCAUCUACUUUGGAAGUAUUUCUACUCUUCCUGUCAAAGAGAGCACAGGAAUACCAUGAAGAAUUUCAAGAAUUCAAAUUUCACCUGAGUGCUGUUGAUCUUCUAGUGUGCCUAAUACCUUAUGUCCAGGCUUUGCUAUUGGUGUUUAUUCUAAGAUGCAUGGAACUAAAAUGUGGACAGAAAGUAAUACGAAAAGAUCCUGUUUUCAGAAUCUCCCCACAAAUUCAAAAUGUUCCACUUAAUCCAGAAAUACAUGUAGAUGAAGAUGAAGAUGAAGAUGUUCAAGCAGAAAGAAUGAGAGCAUCAAGUGCCCUGACCACUUCAAACGUAAAUGAGAAUCCAGUCAUAAUUGCCAGCUGUCUACACAAAGAGUAUGCAGGCCAGAGGAAAAGUUGUUUUUCAAAGAGGAAGAAGAAAAUAGCAGCAAGAAAUAUAUCUUUCUGUGUGAAAAAAGGUGAAGUUUUGGGAUUGCUAGGACCCAAUGGUGCUGGUAAAAGUUCUUCUAUUAGGAUGAUAGCUGGGAUCACAAAGCCAACAGCAGGACAGGUGGAACUGAGAGUUGGGGAAUGCAAGUCAUUUCUGGGUCAGCAGGGAGAUGGCAUGGUCAAGUUCCUGGGGUACUGUCCUCAGGAGAAUGUGCUGUGGCCCACCCUGACAAUGAAGGAACACCUGGAGGUGUAUGCCACCGUGAAAGGGCUGCAGAAAGAGGACGCUGCCAUUGUGAUUUCACGACUAGUGAAUGCUUUCAACCUGUAUGAGCAGCUAAAUGUUCCAGUGCAGAAAUUAGCAUCAGGAACCACCAAAAAGCUAUGUUUUGUGCUGAGCAUCCUGGGAAAUUCACCCAUCUUGCUUCUGGAUGAACCCUCUACAGGCAUAGAUCCAACAGGGCAGCAACAGAUUUGGCAGACAAUCCAGGCAGCUGUUAAGAGCACUGAGAAGAGUGUCCUCUUGACCACCCACUACCUGGCUGAGGCUGAGGCUCUGUGUGACCGUGUGGCCAUCAUGGUGUCUGGAAGGCUGAGAUGCAUUGGUUCUAUCCAACACCUGAAAAGAAAAUUUGGCAAAGAUUACAUUCUAGAACUCAAAGUGAAGGAGCCUUCUCAAGUACCUUUGAUCCACACCGAGAUUCUGAAUCUUUUCCCCCAGGCUGCGCAGCAGGAAAGGUUUUCUUCCUUGUUGACCUUUAAGCUGCCCAUAGCAGAUGUUUACCCUCUAUCUCAGGCCUUUUACAAAUUAGAAACAGUUAAACAUAACUUUAACCUGGAGGAAUAUAGCCUCUCUCAGUGCACGCUGGAAAAGGUAUUCCUGGAACUUUUUAGUAGGCCAGAACUGGGAAAUGUUGAUGAAGAAGUUGAUACAACCAUGAGAUGGAAACUUCUUUCUUAUUCAGAUGAACCCUAAGACCUCAAACCCAAUGGGCUGAUGUGCUAUGAACAUUUAUUUUAUGUAACAAUUAGCAGUGUGUAUGAUUUAAAAAAUGAUUUGAUAUCAGGAUCAUGUAUAUGUUGUAUGCGUAGUCCAUAAAUGAAUAAAUUUAAAAGUUAUUCCUUUUCUUAUUCUUAGGGGUGGUGCAAAGUCUGUGAUAAAGGCAAUACUAUUAAUACUGAUAAAGGUAAAAUCACCCCAAGAACCAAACACUGGGUAUUGGAAAAUAAAACUACAAGCUUAAAGCAUUUUCAAAUAUGACUUUGUUUUUCACUUGCUGAAGUAGGUGAGGGUACUUCAAAAGCAGGAAGCUGCGUGACAGCUUCAUGCUGAUUUGCUAUAUCAAGUUGAUUUUUUUUU